GCUUGGGAGAGGAAUAAGAAUGAGAAUUGUUUUCGAUUAAAUUGUUUCCUUUUGUUCUAUACGACUAUACCAGUUAAAUUUAUAUCAUGGCUUCGCGUUUCGCUAGGAGACAGACCUCUAGGGUUUUCGGACAUCUUCUUUCUUCGUCUCUACCUCAUCUCUGCACCAGGAAUGGUGUUUCGGGGAAGAAGAGAUUCUCGCCUGUCCUCACCCAAUUCGUCGUCUCCUCCCUCUUCACCCAUCGAAAAACUCAGUUUCCCAGAUUCCUUUACUCAGAUUUGGAGCCCAAUUUGGUCUCAUCCCCAUAUCCUACCCUGCCGGAAGCCCGGAACCCUAGCGGUAUAUACCAAAAAUUUAUUCUUAAACCCAAACGCUCUGAUCUCAGAGGACUGUCUCUGUUAACGAACGGUCAAAGGGCCGUAUUCUCAAGUUCUUCAGAGCAGGCUGAGCUGCCAAGCGGCGGCGGCGGAAAAUCUCAAAGAGGCCGUGAGUUGAAGCGCCGGGAGAUCUGUGAGCCCAGCUUCGACCGAAACGAAUCCACGCAAGCCUAUGAGACCCGAGACGAAUAUUUUGAGACGAUGAAGGAAUUUGCAUUAUGUUUGGGUAUGACAUUCUGUGUCUGCCUCAUUCCGCUGAUUUUAAUUGCUUUGUUGCUGUACAUCGUGAGGAUUUCAGUUGAACCCAUGUUACAUGAACAUACUUCAAACCUUCGUUCUUCCGGUCUCUUUGGUGUUGAUAAUGAAGAUGAAUUUGAAGGAAGUCGCAAUUUGUCAUAGCGGCGAUGAGUCAAACCGCCAGGAGAUCUGUGAAUCCAGCUUCAACCGAAGAGAAUCCAACGAUGAGUCCAUAUGUGGUGCUUGUGCUUACAUGCUAUGUUUAGACAUCAAUA